AUGGCUCUCAAGACGGAGGCAGAGCUCCAUGCGCUUGUCAGUCGUAUCCAAGAAGCGCUGUCGACUGAUGCAAUGAAUGAGAUCGAAACACUCUCAAAUGAGCCUAUGGGACGCUGCUUCCUUGGCGUGGCGGGGUUUCUGGAACACGCUCUGGCCACGACCGUUCGCUUUCUCAAGGUUUCUUCGCCAUGCGAUGAAGAUGUGAAUGCCACCGAGCGUCUGCUCCUGACUGUUGCCAACGCCGUACUCGAUGAGGACAACGCCGUUCACGCUGCGCAACUGGGAUGGCAUAAUGUUCUGCUCAAGCUUCUCGUCCACGACAACGAACGCAUCACCGACGCGGCGUCAGGUGUUGUUGUGAAUUGCGCGACCCACAACUGCAAUACGUCCGGUAUCAACAUUUCCUUUCCCUACAAAACGCUUCCACUCGAGCCGCCGACGCGCCCGUGGCCGCUGCUUCAAGCACUUCCACGAGACUCUCGCGAUGACAACGAUCGUGUAGUGUUGAUCCGAGCGGUAACGCGACGCAUGACGGGGCAACCGAAGACGGGGUAUCUCUUGUGGGGCGCCGCGGUCAUUCUAAGUCGGUGGAUUCAUUUGCAUCGCGAGUUAUUCCACGGCAAGAGGGUGCUGGAAGUCGGAAGCGGCCUCGGUCUCAGUGGCAUCGUCGCGGGGUUCCACAGCGACCUCACGAUUCUGACCGAUUACCAGCAGGACACGAUCAAUGCACUUGCGUACAACGUCGCCCUCAACCAAACGCCGAACACGAUCGUGACGCACUUGGACUGGGACCACUUAGACGAGGGGCGGGGCGACCCCAAAGUCGACCUUGUCAUUGCAAGCGACAUCAUAUGCGACCCCACGACGGCUGAAGGAUUCGCCAACGUGAUUCGGAGUCGUCUGUCGGGGACGGGCGUCGCCUACUUGGUCAAUGCCACAAGCCACAGCCGGUUUGGCGUCGUGCGGUUGCAAGAAAUCCUGCUUGCACCGCCUUUUGACACGACGAUCGUGCCAGUCGAGGCGCUCCCCGACGGUGCUCGCUUGCUCGAUACAGUCUGGGACGCAAACGAACUCCGCUACGAGCACUACACGAUACGACUUCAAUGA